AUGACAGCUGAGAAGACGAUUCCUGUAAUUAAUGGCAAACCUGAGGAUGCCCUGGAUGCUGAAGCUUCAAGUUCCAACCUGGUACACAGCAAUGACAAGAAAGUCAAUGAAAGAGGCCAUUGGAACAAUAAGGUGGAAUUUGUGUUGUCUGUGGCCGGGGAAAUUAUUGGUCUUGGAAAUGUGUGGAGAUUUCCCUAUCUGUGCUACAAGAAUGGUGGAGGAGCAUUCCUCAUUCCUUAUGUGAUAUUCUUUAUAUUCUGUGGUAUACCGGUGUUCUUCUUAGAGACUGCGCUGGGGCAGUUUACCAGUGAAGGGGGGAUAACAUGCUGGAGAAAAGUUUGUCCAUUGUUUGAAGGUAUCGGUUAUGCAACCCAGGUGAUUGAAGCACAUUUAAAUAUCUAUUACAUCAUUAUAUUAGCUUGGGCAAUUUUCUAUUUAUUUAAUUGCUUUUCUGCUGAUCUGCCCUGGGCCACAUGUGGACAUAAAUGGAAUACAGAGAAAUGUGUGGAAUUCCAAAAACUUAAUAUGAGUAAUGGAAGCCUGUUUUCGUUUGCCAAUGCCACAUCUCCAGUCAUGGAAUUCUGGGAGCGUCGUGUUUUAGGCAUUUCUGAUGGAAUUGAACACAUUGGAAACCUCCGCUGGGAGUUAGCACUUUGUCUUCUCGCUGCAUGGACUGUUUGCUAUUUUUGCAUUUGGAAAGGGACAAAAUCCACUGGGAAGGUGGUCUAUGUCACGGCUACCUUUCCCUAUGUUAUGCUUCUGAUUCUCCUGGUCCGUGGGGUUACUUUACCUGGAGCCUCACAAGGGAUAAAAUUUUACCUGUAUCCCGAUUUGUCAAGACUAUCAGAUCCACAGGUGUGGGUAGAUGCAGGUACUCAGAUCUUCUUCUCUUACGCUAUCUGCUUGGGAUGUUUGACUGCUCUGGGAAGUUACAAUAAUUACAAUAAUAAUUGCUACAGGGAUUGUAUCCUGCUUUGCUGUUUGAACAGUGGCACCAGCUUUGUAGCUGGUUUUGCUAUAUUUUCUGUCCUUGGGUUUAUGGCUUACGAGCAGGGGGUACCAAUUUCAGAAGUUGCAGAAUCAGGUCCUGGUCUAGCUUUCAUCGCAUACCCAAAAGCUGUCACCAUGAUGCCUUUGGCCCCUCUGUGGGCAGCCUUGUUUUUCAUGAUGCUUAUAUUCCUCGGACUUGAUAGUCAGUUUGUUUGUGUGGAAAGUUUGGUCACUGCAGUGGUGGACAUGUAUCCAAAGACUUUCCGAAGAGGAUACCGUAGAGAAUUACUAAUCUUAGCACUUUCCAUUGUAUCCUUUUUCCUUGGGCUCAUCAUGUUAACUGAGGGGGGAAUGUAUGUAUUUCAACUUUUUGACUCGUAUGCUGCUAGUGGAAUGUGUCUUCUGUUCGUUGCAGUGUUUGAAUGUAUCUGCAUAGGUUGGGUUUAUGGAAGCAAUCGAUUUUAUGACAAUAUUGAAGACAUGAUUGGACACCGUCCGUUUUUCUUAAUUAAAUGGUGUUGGAUGAUUUUCACUCCUGGGAUUUGUGCUAGCAUUUUCAUAUUUUUCUUGGUGAAGUACAAACCUCUAAAGUACAAUAAUGUAUACACCUACCCACCAUGGGGUUAUGGUAUAGGGUGGAUGAUGGCUCUGUCAUCCAUGGUCUGUAUUCCAUUGUGGAUAAUAGUAAAGGUUUGGAAAACUGAAGGAACCUUAUCUGAGAGAUUUAAAUAUUUAAUAUUACCCAGCCCAGACUUAAAAAUGAGAGGAAAGCUUGGAGCUGCCGCCUGUACAAAUGCCGUAAACGACUGUGACGCCAAGCUUAAAGGUGAUGGAACCAUAUCGGCCAUUACAGAAAAAGAAACACACUUCUAA